AUGAGGCGACUUGGCUUUCGGGCUUCACUCAUUGUCCGUCACCAACAAACAGUGCAACAGGACAACAUCAUCUAUUCCAUCGUUCCAUCUCAAAAGCAACCGCAGACUCUUCUCCUUUCGUCAUUCCUGCUUGAUCAAUCCAUCAUGGCUCCUCGCAAGAACAAUCGCACCACCACCACCAAGGUGUCAGCUGGAAAGGACAAGAAGAAAGCAGCAGCCGCCAAGGAGACGAAGAAAAUUCCUGCUGUCAAUGACGAGAAUGCCCCAGAGAAUGCCCAGAAAGGAGACAAAAAAUCGACUCGCUCUCGUCGUAGCACCCGCCGUGUUCAAAAGCAGGUAAAUUACAAGGACACGAAUGGAUCCGACACGGACCCCCUGUCAUCGUCGGACAAGGAAGAAGAAGAAGAAUCUGACGCCGAAGAGUCAUUGGUCAAGAUCAAGAAAUCGACUGCCAAGGGCAAGAGAACCGCUGCAUCGACCAGCAAAAAAUCCAACAAGAAACAGAAAAAGACAUUGAAGAGUCCUUCGGUCCGUCCUCCCGAUGGGGAUUCGCCUCGUAACAUUGUGGGUCGAGAGGAGCCUUCUCCAGAGGACUGGAGGGUUUCGACCGGGGUCGACUACUAG